AGAUACUGGUUCAAUACAAUGAGUGCCCCAUCAAAAAGUGAUAUGAAAGCAGCGAUCAAGGAGGUUCAAAGGCAAUUGAAAAGUCAUGGGAUAAAACUCAAGGACUCAUCGCGUCAAGCUGCGGACGCUCUUGAAGUUUUACAAAAGUUCCCUUAUCUCAGACCAUCAGUUGGAAUGAUGUCAGGAAGCGAGCAAAAGUUUUUCAAGCUUGAAGGGACUGUCCAGAUGUUUUUUAAUAGUAACGGUUAUUAUGUCCCUCUUGCGGUAUUUUUGCGGGAAACUCAUCCCGACUCUCCUCCAGUGUGUAUGAUACAGCCAACGCCAGAUAUGAUGAUCAAACCGCAUCAUUUUCACGUCGAUGCCCAUGGCCUGGUUUAUUUGCCCUACCUUCAUGAUUGGACGAAGCGAUCCUCGAUCGUAGAAAUGCUCAGGGAAGUCUCUGCAAUUUUCACAAGUGAUCCCUUCAUCUUCAAAAAGCCAUCACAGCCGCCAGCCACUCCAAGUUACUUAAAGGAUAAUGCGAACAAAGGAGCAACAAAGUCGAAACCAGUUUACGAACAGGAAUCUUGUUCUUGCUCGCAAAUUCCGAAUCUUAACAACUGUUGCCAGCAGACGGCGGGGGGGAAGCAGACAGUUCAGAGCCCGCCUCACCGCACGCCUCCGCAGCCACCCGUAGCACGAAAUACUCCAGAUGUUAACCAGAUUCAGAAGACCAUGCGCGCUCUAGAUCUGAAAGGGCCUGAUUUGACCAAUGAGGUGAAAGCUAAAGCGAAAGAAAUGGAUGAGCUUGAUUCGGUGCUGGAGAAUUCCUUCCGAUGCCCCAUAAGCAUGGAGAUUAUGAGCGACCCAGUGUUCGCUGCAGACGGGCACACGUACGAGCGAGUAGAGAUUGAGAGAUGGUUACAAACGCGCGACACAUCCCCCUUGACAAACGAGAAACUGCCGCACAAGAUGUUGACACCCAACCACAACUUGCGCAGUCAAAUCCUUGAGUACCAACAAAAGAACGCAAUUCAUUGAAGCGAUGAGAUACGAUCUUUUCAAACCCAGAUGUGCAUUAUAAACUCCUGAAAGGC